AUGUCAAAUGAUGAAAAUGAUCGGAUAUUGGAAUUAGAAGAACAAAAAAGAAUUCUUUUGAGAAAAAAGCAAGAAUUGCUGGAUCGUAUCGAGAAAUACAAAAAUUUGAAUAAAGAUGAUAAUGAUGAUGAUGAGGAAGAUGAAGAUGAAUCUUGGAAGGGCUUAAUAUACAAUAAUUCUUUUCCUAAGCCUAAUGAUUUAUCAAAUGAAAAUUCCAAAUUGUUUAAAAUUGAUGGUAAUUCAAAUAUUGAAGAUGAAUUAUUGAGUAAACUUGAUACUCUGCCUAUCCUUAAUAAGGAUUUACGUUUGAAGUAUUUGCAAAGAGCAUAUCCGUUUGUAGAUAUAAAGAUAUUAGAUACAUCAAUUAAUGAUUCCAAAUUACAAUUUGAAAUUAGUUUCAAAAAUAAACAUACAAAUAAUUCAGUCCAAUUUGAAAUGAUAUCUGAACAAAAUAAAAUCACUUCCUUUAAAGUAAUUAAUAGUGAUAAUUUCUCUUCUUGUAAUUUAAAAAACAUAUCAUCUCCUAAUAUUUUAUUAAAUUUAAUUGAAUUGGAUCGAUUAGAAUUUAAAAGGCACAAGUUUUUCCAACGAUUAUCCAAUAAGAUUUCUCAAAAGAAUCAAAAUAUUAAUAUUGAAAUUAUAGAAAAUAAUUCAUGUUUAAAAUUGAAUAGGUUAAUCUUCAGAAAUUUUCCAAAUGAGAAUAUUAAAUUAGAUUUAUAUAUCUAUUGGAAUAUUCAAUUGGAUACUACGACUAAUGAGAUUAAUACUGAUUGGUUUAUUAAAUUGAAUAAAAAUGAUCAAUUGUUGAAAAAUAAAAUUGAUCUUAACGUCAUAUGGAGAAAACUCAUAAAAGAAUACGGGAUUGAAGUAGGAACUGAGGAAUUAAUUAAAAUUUGUCUGUUCCCAACUUAA